UUCCAGCACCACACGCACUGCUGGCCUCUGCUCUCCAUUGCUGCAGGAGCUAUACUUCUGAGCAGCACCGUGAGCUUAGCUUCGGAGAUGAUCAAGCUGAGGUACUCCAAGAAGCUGUUCAGGAGGAGCUCCUCCAAGAGCAGCACUAGCAGCGACGGCGGUGAUGCCGGCAGCGGCCGCGGGGAGAUAGAGUGGGAGGUGAGGCCGGGGGGCAUGCUGGUGCAGAAGAGGGACGGGAGGGGGCACGUCGAGGUCAUCACCGUCAGGGUCGCCACCGGCUUCUCCUGGCAUGACGUCUCCAUUGGGGCUACCUGCACCUUUGGGGAGCUGAAGGUGGUGCUGUCCAUGGUGACAGGGCUGGAGCCGAGGGAGCAGAGGCUGCUGUUCAGGGGCAAGGAGAGGGAGGACAGCGAUCACCUCCACAUGGUGGGCGUGAGGGACAAGGACAAGGUGCUCCUCCUCGAGGACCCUGCCCUCAAGGACCUGAAGCUCCGGGCCGCGCUCGCGGCACAGGCGGUGCAGAGCCCGUAUCAACCUUUUAUCAAGGUGUAGACGACCCGGCCCGGCUUGGCCGCCCACUACCCUAACUGAUAGAGUAAACCAGCAUCAUCAUCAGCUAGCUGCUCCUGUUGGUGAUCGCCUGCUAUUGAUCAGUGUUAAUAAGUACCACUCCAUGUACGCUCAAAGGAAAGCUAAGCCCCUCUUUCAUGAGAGAGUUAAAGAGUACCACUACUUGUUAGUCGUCUUGUCUUGUCAGUUGUCAUGUGUAGGUAGAAUGAUGCAUUUGUAACUACUGAGUGUGGCUGUCAUGCAUGCUAAGUUUGGUUGUUAAGAAAAAUGCAAGCUUAGAUGACGCAUGCCUAGCAAGUUCCACACAGAGUUUCGAAAGGCUUUGGGGGUGAUGAACCGAUGCCUAUAAUGGGUAACUUCUUGGGCUAUCCUAUUGUGCAGUUUUGUGA